AUGGCUCAACAUCAUACAAUUUCAGGUCUGGUUGGGAAGCUUGUGACCGAGUCGGAGGUUAACUGCGACGCUAACGAAUACUACAAAAUUGGGAAGCACCAUGAAGAAGUACCUACCGCAUCCCCACAUGUUUCGGAUGUCAAAGUUAUCGAAGGACACGGAACGACUUCUGGUCGUAUCAAGCAAUGGAACAUCACCGUUGCAGCAGGUCGAAACGAAUGUAACGUUGAGAAAACAACCUACAACGAUGAAACAAGGACCAUAUGUCACAUUAACAUCGAUGGAGAUAUAAUGAAGAAACACAAGAAGUUUGAUGUAAUUCUUGUAGUUACACCAAAGGCUAAUGGACUUGGUAGUAUUGUAACCUGGACUAUUGAAUAUGAGAAGAUUAACGAGGGUUCUCCUGUUCCAAUUUACUGGCUAGGUUUCUUACAAUCGUUAAUCGAGGACUUAGACUCCCACAUUUGCACUUCUCAAUAG